UCUUUAAUUUUUUUUGGGAAAAUCAUUGGAUGCUCUGUGAUUUUGAUACAAAAUACAAAACGCAAUGUAAUGGUGACCAAGACCUUCAGAGCCAAUUUAAUCUAAUUCUCCGGCUCUUAUCAUUAUCUUUUUUUAGGUUCAAGCAAGGAGAACGUCAUUCAUGUUGCAAGUCUCGUAUAGUUCACACAUAAAAUAAAUUGGUGUCUCUCUAUAAUGUUUCUGACUGCAAUAGUUAUUAUUUGUGGGCUAGUGUACCUGUGGCAAAAGUGGAAUUAUUCAUUUUGGAAGAGAAAUGGGGUUCCUGGGCCAGAACCAUCAUUUCUGGUUGGUAACAUUGGUCAAGUAAUUGCCCAGAAAGAACAUUUGGGCAUUCUGGCUGAUGGUUGGUACAAAAAAUACUCAAAUGUUCCGUAUGUUGGUUACUACAAAGUCGUCAGUCCGGCAAUAUUGAUUCGCGAUGUAGAAUUGGUGAAGAAUAUAUUAAUCAAAGAUUUUACAUCAUUCUUUGAGAAUGAUAUAGCUGAAUCGAGUGAUGAUCCCAACAACUUAUUGUCUGUAAACCCAUUUAUCCAGAAAGAUGAACAGAAAUGGAAAUUAAGUCGUGCAGUGAUGUCUCCCAUGUUCACAACAUCUAAAAUGAAAUCAAUAUUUCCACUUAUGCAGACACCAUGUGAUAAAUUGAUUAAGCAUAUUGAAAGACAGACCACUGAUACGGAUAUUGACUCCAAAAGUCUUUCAGCAAAAUUCACAACGGAGAAUGUUGCUUCUUGUGCUUUCAGUUUAGAAGCCAAUUCCUUUGAUGAUCCAAAAAGUGAAUUUAGGACAAUGGGCAAGAAAAUUUUCCAGCCAUCGUUUUGGAUGGGAAUCAAAUUUAUGAUAAUAUUCCUCCUUCCAUAUCUCGUGAAAAUUUUUUCCGUUCAAUUGCUGAGUAAAGAAGUCGCCCAAUGGGCCAGAAAAUUGAUCAGAGAAAAUGUCGAAUCUCGUCAAAAUAGGAAACUUCCCAAUGAGGAUAUGGUACAAAUAAUGUUGAGUUUUCAGGACAAACACAAUUUGACGCAGGAUCAAGUGGCAGGACAUGCAAUGUCAUUUUUUGUCGAUGGAUAUGAGACUUCAAGUAGUGUUCUUGCUUUUGCACUUUGGCAAGUUGCACGCCAUCGAGACAUUCAAGAUAAACUCCAUGGUGAAAUAGUGUCAGUUUUGGACAAAUAUGAAAACACUUUUUCUUACGAAGCAAUCAAUGAGAUGGAAUAUUUGGAUCUGGUGAUUCAAGAGACACUCCGAAUAAAUAGUAUUGGAUUGACACUGCAGAAAAUAUGUACAAAACCUUAUGUAAUGCCCAAAUUGCCGGGACAGAAGGAGCCAUUAGUGCUACAGCCUGGAACACCAAUUCUCAUUCCAAUAUACGCUAUACACCACGAUCCCGAAAUCUAUCCCGAUCCAGAAACAUUCAAUCCACUGAGAUUUACCGAGGAAGAGCGACAAAAGCGACCAAAAUGCUCAUUCUUGCCUUUUGGUGAAGGUCCAAGAAUUUGUGUUGGAAUGAAAUUUGGUCUUUUGCAGACAAAAUUAGCUCUUGCACAUAUUGUGAGAAAUUUUAAAAUAACCGAAUCACCCAAUUGCAAACCAUUUGCUUUGGAUGUUCGAUCAUUCCUCUACCAAUCACGCGAUGGACUUAUUUUGCGAUUUGAAAAGAGGCAAUCAAAAUGAAGUGCAACAGAAUGGGGAGUAUUUUGAAUAAAAACUUUUUAAAAAUAAAUUAAAAUUUGGUUAGUAAAACCAAAAACACAUUCAACUGGUCAGAUAGUGUCAGUUAUUAAUUUGAAAUGAGCAUUAGAAAUCCAAUUUGAUCGGAAAGAAUCAAUUCUGGUUAAUAAUGGCUCCGGCACACCUUUUAGAUCAGGAAAAUUUCAUGAAGUCGAAAUUCGAAUUCCUGUCUUUCUCACGCGUUUUGUACGUCUAUCUCAUUCUUUCUACUCUUCUUCUUCUUCUUUUAGACAUCGCAACAAAUUCAUUUUAGCUCAAUCAAAUUUGAAGUGCGAAAGAAUGGAUAAACAUAUGCAAAGCGUGUGAGAAAGAAAGAAAUGUGUAUUUUGAUUUCAUGAAAUUUUCCUGAUCUAAAAGGUGUGCCGGACCCAUAAUAAUGUAGAUUUUGGUCAAAAAAAUUAUAAAUUUUGAUUAGUAAGAAUAAAGAUUUCAGUCAGUAGAAAUAUUGUAAUUUUCUAGUUAAUCAAUCAAUUUCGAUCAGUAAAAAAUUCAAUUUUUGUCAGUAAAAGAAUUAAUUUUGUUCAUUAAAAAUUUCAAUUUAGUUCAGGAAGAAUAUCAAUUUUAGUCAAUAGAAAAAUUGAUUUUAGUCAGUAAAAAAACAUUGUUAUCUGUGAAAAAUGCAAUUCUGAUCAGUGAUGCUCAACGCACAAUAUUUUUUGUUUAUAAACAUAGGAAUUUUUCUUUACUUUUUUUUUCUUUACUUUUUUUAUCUUUUUAUUUGUACUUAAAUUUAAACUUCUGAAUUUAUUAACUUCUUCUCUUUUUAAUAAUUUCUUUAUCUCAUUUUUUUCUUUUUUUUCUUUUUUUUUCUUUCACAAUUGUAAAAGGGUUGACCCUAUUUUUGUGAAUAAAUAAAUUAUUAUUAUUAUUAUUAUUAAACAUGUUUUCAAAAUUUCCUAUGAGAUAGAGCGAGAUGACUAAAUCUAGAUCUUAUUCACUCUCAUUGAAAUGUCAAAAACAUGUUUACUAAACAAAACUUUUUGUGCGUUCGGGAUAGGAAUAUUGAUUUUAGUUAAUAGAAACAUCAUUAUUUUCAGUCAGUGAAUGAAUUUUGAAGAGUAAAAAAAUCUAAUUUCGAUCAGUGGAAAAUCGAUUUUGUUCAAUAAAAAAAUAAAUUUUUCUUAGCGAAAAAAAAUAAAAUUGGAUUAGUAAAAAAAUGUCUUUUUGAAUACAAAUUAAAACUAGAGUUAAUUUUACUUUUAAAAGUUUAAAUUAAAAGUCAAUUUAAAAAUUCCUUUUGUGAAUAAAAAAAUAUUUUUAAGA